AGUAACAUUGCAAGCAGAUUUCCGGAGUGAGCAAUAUAAAAGUUAUUCCAUUUUCUGGUUUCAUAGUAAGCUGUUGACAAACAAUGGAAUCUGUAAUAAAUACUGUUAUACGUUCGAGGAAAUGUUGGAUUAUUUUGGUUUUUAUUCAAAUUGGAAUAUUUUCCAGGACAGGUUGUGACAUUCAAAACUUCAAUUCAUUAUAUUUCCGGGUGCCAAAUAUGCGCAUGUCAAGUCUUCCAGUCAUCACAAUCAACAAUGUAACUGUAGAAGCGUGUGCAGAACGGUGUGUUCGAGAAACUACAUUUGAAUGUAAAUCAUUUGACAUCGACAACAAAGUUCAAGGAUGUCGUCUUUACAACAAUUCACUCGACGACCCGUUCAUUCAUCUGAUACCAUCAACUUAUGUUGACCAUUACAGAACUGCAUAUGUAAAGCUUUUUCAUAGGCUUCCAAAUCAUAUAGUGACCGUAUCACACGAUAGAAAAAUCCCCGGGAUAUCUGUAGAAAAAUGUGCACGACGAUGUGUUCUAGAAGUUUCAUUUAAAUGUCAAGGUUUUGAUUAUGAAGUUAGACUUCAGAACUGUUGGCUGACUUCAAAGACUCCAGCGGCCUCCGGAGGAGUGGUAAUACAAUAUGGAACAGAUUAUUACCAGAGAACGUUUGAUGGGCCGUUUGAAAAUUUCAUCAAUUUUGGAUAUGGAACAUUACGUCCUCUAGAAGGAAUACACAUCUACAACAAGAUAAUGCUUGGAGUAAAUUUAGAACAUUGCGCUCAGUUGUGUCUGGUUGAAACCGGUUUUACCUGCUCCAGUUUUGACUACUUAUUUAAUGAUAAAUCGUGUCACAUGAGUAAAUAUAUAGCAGCCAAUGUCCACGGUCUACAGAAUGAUUACUCGGAAGAAUCAAAGUCUAUGCAUUUUGAGGUGAAAGAUGAAUAUUUGCAAAAGUUUUAUACAGCGCCAUAUUCAGCAAUAGUUGGACACAACGAGAAAACAAUAUCACGUAUUACACCAAGUAAAUGUGCUCGGAUGUGUUUGAUGGAGAGAGAUUUUAUAUGCAGAUCAUUUGAUUAUCAGAUUCAAGACGUUAAAUGUCUUUUGAGUUCAAAAACAGGAAGUGACGUAGGUGGUUUAACUACACAUGGUCAUGCACAGGUACAUCAUUUUGAAAUGAAACCUUACUUAGACUGCGGCGGAAUAUUUACAUCACCAACCGGAAAUAUAGCCAGUCCGAACUGGCCAAGGAAAUAUCCACAUAAUAUGAAAUGUACAUGGACUAUAACAGUAUCAAAGUUUAAGGUCAUAAGACUUACCAUUAUCCAUUUUAACCUCGGAAGGUAUACAGAUUUUCCAUGUGAUGUGGUAAAUGAUAGAUUAAUCAUAACAGAGGAGUACCAACAUCAGAACGAUACCCUUUGUGUACAACACGAUGUAGACACGUAUACCAGUAAAACUAAUACUAUCAGCCUCACAUUCCAAAGCAAUUCGAAAUUUGAUGCGCCUGGAUUUAAAUUGUUUUAUCAGGAGGAUUGGGCAUGUGGUUCUGUACUCACGGACGAUAAUGGUGAAUUUGCAUCUCCUAGAUGGCCAUAUCAAUAUCCAUCAUUAUCAUUAUGUGAAUGGACUAUAAGAGCUCCUUAUGGAUGUACAAUUUAUCUCAGUUUCACGUCUAUAGAAUUAGAAGAACAUAUAAAAGGGAAUUGUACUUCUGCUUAUGAUCGUUUAGAGGUUUUUGACGGUUCAACAAAGAAUUCUUCUAGGCUAGCAUCACUUUGUGGAAAAAAAGUAAUACAUGCAUAUAGGUCUUCACUAAAUGUGUUAUCCGUGACGUUUAUAUCUGACGACAGAGUACAAGAAAGGGGUUUUCAUGCGGUUUAUAAGUUCUUUUAUCCACCGACUACUACAGUUGAAUCAACAACAACUGAAGAUACAACCACAACUCCAACAGAAAAAAUAACAACAGAACAAACUACAAGCGCAGCUAUUACAACUGAAACAGUGGCAAAAGUAUUCCCAUUCAAUGCCUCACACCUAUCAUUGAUAGCUAUGUUUGUAGAACCAAACCAUAAUAAUUCUCCUGUAGACAAAUCACAACAGUCACAGAUGAUAGAUCAAACAACAGAAUCAGAAAAUAUUGCUGUUACACAGAUAGACAAGGAUUUAACAACAAGAAAUGUUCGAUUGUGGCAUACAAUAAUAAUAAUGAUAAUAAUAUUCAUAUUUAUUGUAACAGUGGUGGUUGUAACGUUAGUUAUUGUAUGCCGAUAUUAUAGGACUAGAGUUCCAAAACGGCGUAAUACAAGUAAUCUGCCUUUUACUGAAGAAAGUGAAACUUUGUACCGUCAUGAUAAUAACUUAAACGACAAUUUAGACAAGGGGUCAUCUGAAAGUAUCAAUCUUCCUCAACCAAGCCCGAGUGGUCCACCUCCAGAUGUGACUUUUACUAACCCGAUGUACGAUAGAAAACAUGGUACUUCUUCGUCAACUUUAGCGUCAAGUACUUAUAUGGAAUAUACAAUAUAAUACAAAAAAAAAGGGUUUAAAUGAAUGCUGUCAUCAUCGUCGAUACACAGAACUUUGAAUUGAAUACUUAUUCAAUAAAUGGAUAAGUUUAGGUUAAGGAGGUGGUGUUUGAUGGUGGACUCUGGACAUAACAUUUCCAAACUGGCCAGAAGUAUAGUUCAAUUCUUAUUGUAUGUUUGAAUAAUAUAACUACACGGGAUUUGGAUAAUUUUACGUUAAGUUAUAUACAAAGACAUUAAUGUAAUAACCAUCUCAAUAGUCUGGUGGAAUGCUAUGAUGCAGAAUAUAAAAAAUGGUAACAUUAAUAAAAAUGGAAUUGCGAAAACAGUUUCAUUCAUAGUCUACAAUCUCCUUUAACUUGGCGAAAGGAAUUUAAUCUUUAAUGAAUGGCAAAAAGAUCGACAAAAAAGAGUUGUGAUAAAAAAACGACUUGUAUCUUUGAAAUUGUAUUUUAUAGUGUUACAAUAUUGUUAACAAUUGUUUGUUUUCAAAAUAAAAUGU